AAUCAUUUAAAAAUCAAAUCUAUGCAAACGCAUCACCUACUAGUCUCUUGUUGUUUACUAAACAGAUAGAGAGAGAUAUAGAAGGAGAGAGAGAGAGACAUGAAGAGCACUCUUAAGAGAGAAUAGAAGGAAUCAUGUAGUUGCAGUUGUAAAGCUUCAAGGUCUCUCAUCAAUGGAGAUUUCUAACUCUUAUUCUCCUUAUUCAUCAUCCUCUGUCGACAGUACUAAGCCUUCACCUUCUGAAUCUUCAGUUAAUCUCUCCCUUAGCCUCACCUUUCCCUCCACUUCUCCACAAAGAGAAGCAAGACAAGAUUGGCCACCGAUAAAACCUUUGUUAAGAGACAAGCUAAAGGGUCGUCGUCUUCUUCAACGCGGUGGCGGCACAUCUUUCUUUGUUAAGGUCUAUAUGGAAGGUGUCCCCAUUGGGAGAAAGCUCGACCUGUGCGCAUUCUCAGGCUACGAGAGUCUAUUAGAAAACCUGUCUCACAUGUUCGAUACUUCAAUUAUCUGCGGUAAUCGAGAUAGAAAACACCAUGUUUUGACAUAUCAAGACAAAGAUGGAGAUUGGAUGAUGGUCGGAGAUAUUCCAUGGGAUAUGUUUCUUGAAACUGUGAGAAGGCUGAAGAUCACGAGACCCGAGAGGUGUUAGAAACUUGGAUCGUUCGGUUCAUGACUCUGUUUUCACAGUUUUGAGAGAUUUAGGCGUUGAUGAAGAGUCUUCAUGCGGGACAGAGCUCUCUUGCUGCAUAUCGCAACAAUGGCUUUAAAGAACUUGGCGGAUUGAUGCAUAUAUUUAUUUAUUUGACACCAUUGAGUGUGUUUUUUUUUAUAUAUAAAUAAAACGCAAUAUCCUAGACUUCUUUAUUUUUCGGUUCUGAAUAAUAAUACUCCCAAAGUCUUCUUUACGCAAUCGUGUUCCUUCGGAUGUGUACAUGACCAUGAAGAAACACACGAACGUUGUUGGGGAGCACGAACGUGUAACGAGGGGAAGAGAAUGAUUCUCUUUAAAAUUGUGCCGGCUCG